GGCAUUUCGAGUCUACCUUCAUCCUGCCCCUCACUACCCCUGCGUACAACGUAUUUACCGGAAGUGCCUACCAAGACGCAGAGUCCUUCCGUCGACGUUGAAUCAUGUCUCCUGCUAGCGACCAACCCCGGAUCCCUGUCGAAUUGUUCGACGCGAUCAUGGACUACGCUGACGCAGGGACGCAGGCCACCUGUUCUCUUUCAUGUCGACAUUGGUCGCCCACCGCACGCAGACACCGCUUUCGCAUGGUCCACAUCCAACCUCGAGCGGAUAGCCGCCCGCUGUCCGCAUUGCUUCUGUGCGAUCCCACAUCGACCGUUCUCCCAGGAAUUCGAGAUCGAAUGGAUGAACGAGGGAGUUCCCUGGCUCGACGAGAUCCUACCGACCAUCCGUGUUCAUGAACUCAUGGUGCUCAAGGAUCUUCACAUCUUCAACUUGGUGUGGGGGAGGCUCUCUAUGCCGUCACGUUGUAGCCUCGCGAGCCUUUGUCAGCG